AUGGACGCUACUACUUCGACCAACAGCCCCGUUGCGCCAAUAUUUGUCUAUGGGACGUUAAUGGCCACCCCUCUCCUGGCCUGGGCAAUAAAAGGCGACUCGUCAAAAGCGGGAGACGUCCUCUCUCAGCGUAAACCUGGGACAAUAACAGGCUUCGAAAGGCGCCGCGUCUAUCGCCGUGAUUAUCCCGCGCUCAUCCGUGGCAAUGACAACUGCACUGUUAAUGGAUAUGUAAUCUUUCCCGCCAGCCUCUCAGAGUGGAAGAAAUUAGACAACUACGAAGGUAGUUCGUAUGAACGAACUCCGGUUGUAGUGGAUAUGGUCGAUGGAAGCAAGUUGGAUGCAUUCGCAUACGUGUGGAAGGGUGAAGCAGAUGCUUUAGCAGAGGAGGAUUGGGAUUUUGAAUAUUUUGAAACCGAGAGGCUGGACGCCUGGCUCAAGCGCUUUGGUGGAAUGGUGCUCAUCGGUUGA